UCCCAGCUCUGUGAAACUUCUUGUUUAUUUACUGCAUUCAGCAGCUUGCAAAUGGUUAACUAUAUGCAGAAAAGUCAGCACAGCUGUGAAGUAUGCUGUGAAUUUUAAUUGGGGAAAAACAGGACUACUGCUUCGGGAUGAUCUAGUAUGCACUCUGCUUGAAAUAUUUUCAAUGAAAUGCUCAGCAUUUUGUCUUUCACCAGAGGUUUUAACUUUGUGAAGCAAUGGGACUUGCCAAAAAGUGAUAUUUGAGAAGAAAGUACGUGGUGGUUGGUGUUUUCUUUUCCAAUAAAGAGACUGCAUUUACUUUGAACAUCUCUUCCAGCUGUGCGUUACAGAUAACGUCAGGAAGAGUUCUGCUUUACAGAAUCAGAUCCAUCACACGACAACAUGAAGCUGUGGAUCCAUUUCUUAUGUUCAUCUCUCCUUGCCUGUCUGUCUUCACAGUCUCCGUCUCCAGUGUCCUCAGCCAGAGGUUCUUGCGAUUCUCUUUGCAAUUGUGAGGAAAAAGACGGCACAAUGAUAAUAAAUUGUGAAGAAAAAGGUAUCAAAAAGUUAUCCCAAAUAAGUGUUCCACCAUCACGACAUUUCCACUUAAAUUUAUUAAAUAAUGGCUUGACAAUGCUUCACACAAAUGACUUUUCUGGGCUUACCAACGCUAUCUCAAUACACCUUGGAUUUAACAAUAUUGCAGAUAUUGAGACUGGUGCAUUUAAUGGCCUUGGCCUUCUUAAGCAACUUCAUAUCAAUCACAAUUCUUUAGAAAUUCUUAAAGAGGAUACCUUCCAUGGACUGGAAAACCUGGAAUUUCUACAAGCAGAUAACAAUUUUAUUACAGUGAUUGAACCAAGUGCCUUUAGCAAGCUCAACAGACUUAAAGUGUUAAUUUUAAAUGACAAUGCUAUUGAGAGUCUUCCUCCAAACAUAUUUCGAUUUGUUCCUUUAACUCAUCUAGAUCUUCGUGGAAAUCAGUUGCAAACAUUGCCUUAUGUUGGUUUUUUAGAACACAUUGGCCGAAUAUUGGAUCUCCAGUUGGAGGACAAUAAAUGGGCCUGCAAUUGUGACUUAGUCCAGCUAAAAAUUUGGUUGGAAAACAUGCCUCCACAGUCUGUGAUUGGUGAUGUUGUAUGCAACAGCCCUCCAUUUCUCAAAGGAAGCAUACUGAGCCGACUGAAAGCAGAAUCGAUUUGCCCCACUCCACCAGUAUUUGAAGAACAUGAGGAUCCUUCAGGAUCAUUACACCUCACAGUAACAUCUUCAAUAAGCGAUAGUCGCAUGUCAACCAAGACUAUAUUUCUUUUAAAACCCCCCACCAAAGCACCGGGUUUGAUACCUUAUAUUACAAAGCCAUCCACUCAACUUCCAGCACCCUACUGUCCUAUUCCUUGUAACUGCAAAGUACUAUCCCCAUCAGGACUUCUAAUACACUGUCAAGAACGCAAUAUUGAAAGCUUAGCAGAUCUAAAACCUCCUCCACAAAAUCCUAGAAAGCUUAUUCUGGCGGGGAAUAUUAUUCACACAUUAAUGAAGUCUGAUCUAGUGGAAUACUUCACUUUGGAAAUGCUUCACUUGGGAAACAACCGUAUUGAGGUGCUUGAAGAAGGAUCAUUUAUGAAUCUAACAAGAUUACAAAAGCUCUAUUUAAAUGGGAACCAUCUAACCAAAUUAAGUAGAGGCAUGUUCCUUGGUCUCCACAAUCUUGAAUACUUGUAUCUUGAAUACAAUGCGGUUAAGGAAAUAUUACCAGGAAGCUUUAACCCAAUGCCUAAACUUAAAGUUCUCUAUUUAAAUAAUAACCUCCUACAAGUUUUACCGCCACGUAUUUUUUCAGGGGUUCCCCUAACGAGGAUAAACCUUAAAACAAACCAGUUUACCCAUCUACCUGUAAGUAAUAUCUUGGAUGACCUUGAUUUAUUGACCCAGAUUGACCUUGAGGACAACCCCUGGGAUUGCUCCUGUGACCUGGUUGGAUUGCAGCAAUGGAUACAAAAAUUAAGUACGAACACAGUGACAGAUGACAUCCUCUGCACUUCUCCGGAGCACCUAGCCAGGAAGGAAUUAAAAGCACUAAAUAGUGAACUUCUUUGCCCAGGUUUGGUCAAUAACCCAUCCCUGCCAACUCAGACUAGUUACAUAAUUGUCAGUACUCCUACGACCACAACUGCAGCAGAUACUAUUUUAAGAUCACUUACCGAUGCUGUACCACUAUCUGUUUUAAUAUUAGGACUGCUGAUUGUAUUCAUAACUAUCGUGUUCUGUGCUGCAGGGAUAGUGGUUCUGGUUCUCCACCGCAGGAGGAGAUACAAAAAGAAACAAGCAGAAGAGCAGAUGAGAGACAACAGUCCUGUGCAUCUUCAAUACAGCAUGUAUGGCCAUAAAACAACUCACCACACUACUGAAAGACCCACCACAUCGCUCUAUGAGCAGCACAUGGUGAGCCCCAUGGUUCACGUCUACAGAAGUCCAUCCUUUGGCUCAAAGCAUUUGGAAGAGGAAGAAGAAAGGAAUGAGAAAGAGGGAAGUGAUGCAAAACAUCUCCAAAGAAGUCUUUUAGAAAGGGAAAAUCAUUCACCACUCACGGGGUCGAAUAUGAAGUACAAAACCACAGACCAAUCGGAAUUUUUAACCUUCCAGGAUGCCAGUUCAUUAUAUAGGAACAUUUUAGAGAAAGAAAGAGAACUUCAGCAACUGGGAAUCACGGAAUACCUAAGGAAAAACAUUGCUCAACUCCAGCCCGAUAUGGAGGUACAGUAUCCGGGAGCCCACGAAGAGUUAAAAUUAAUGGAGACAUUAAUGUACUCAAGGCCAAGGAAGGUAUUAGUGGAACAGACUAAAAAUGAGUAUUUUGAGCUUAAAGCUAACUUACAUGCUGAACCUGACUACUUAGAAGUCCUGGAGCAGCAAACAUAGAUGGAGAGUUUGAGGGCUUUCGCAGAAAUGCUGUGAUUCUGUCUUAAGUCCAAACGUUGUAAGUAAGUGCCUUAUAUAAGUGUGUCAUCAAUCAGAACUUAAGCACAGCAGUAAUCCUAUCGGAAAAAAAGAAGAAAAAGAAACUCAGGGAUCACUGGGAGAAGCCAUUGCAUUGUCUUCAGGCAAUU